AUGGCAGUCAUAUCGACACCCAUUACAGAACUCUUUGGCAUCAAGCACCCGGUAUUUCUAGCUGGAAUGAAUGUAGCCGCUGGGCCAGAGUUAGCUGCUGCUAUUUCUAAUGCGGGGGGCUUAGGAGUGAUUGGGGGACAUGGAUACACAUCCACUAUGUUGCGGCAACAGAUCAAGGCCAUUAAGAAAGACCUGAACGAACCCGGCCUUCCCUUCGGUGUUGACCUUCUACUCCCCCAAGUCGCGCGAAAAACCAAUUACGACUAUACCAAAGGUCAACUCGACAAACUUAUGAAGCGGUGGGCCAUCGCAGGGCACGGCAGAUCCGUGUCCUGAAGAUGGGGUGGGCUGCCCUGCGUGGGGGGCACAAUUGGCGAUUUGAAUCAUGUU